GAAAAAUUUUAUUUAAACUUUAUUUUUUCAUAAAUGGUAUUUUUAUUUAUUUUAUUUUAAACUCCUAUAUAAACUCAUCAUUUUAGCAUAGGCUAUGGUUUUGGUAUGGAGGCUUCUAAAUAAAAUAAUAUAAAUAUAUUUCAGUAAGUUUUGUAAAUGAACUUGGGCUGUAACCUUAGCCUUGCCAGAUUCCAUGAAAGAAAAAAACGGACAUAUUGUAGGGUUAAAAAAAACGCCACAGGUGAAAUGUUUAUGGGGUUUCAAGGUCAAAGGCCUUAGCUAAAGAGUAUUUUAAAAUAGGAGUUUGGUGACCUAACUUUUUUUUUUAAUUAAUAUUUACUACGUAUCGUACCUACAGUGUACGCAGGAUUGGAUUUAGGAUGAUUUAGCAAUAGAUUAAAAAAUAACGGACACGAAAAACAUAACGGACCGGACAAACGGGACGUCCCAAAAAUAACGGACGUCUGGCAAGCCUAUGUAACCUGUAACAAUGAGAAACUUAAAUUUAAUUUGCACUUAACCCUGUAUAAAUGAGUCAUUUUAUUUUUAAUUUGCUGUAAAAGGUAUUAUAAUUCAAUUUCAAUUGCUUUAUUUUGGCGGGAUAAUCACCUCUUUAACGUCCCCUUAUCUAAACCGUCGAUUACAACAGCCCCCUUGUCGACAUUCAGGUAUCGGCAUUCAAACGAGCCGCCAAAAGUUAUAAAAUCCUAACCGUAUCACCUGCCUGUAGCCGGAGCACCCGUAGAAAGGGGCCACGCGCAUCUCGCCCAUAUCCGCCCCGACUCGGGCCUCAGUUGUGUUCGAAGGCCCGCAAAAGCGCCCCACGGCCCGCGGCCCACCGUUGCCAAGAACUUCGAGCGACAACUUAAACAAACUUGACAAAUCGUGUAUUUGUUUCUAUGUCACCUUAUUUGGAAUUGGAACCCUAGCACUGCACUAACGAGAAGGUGAACUCUAAGAGGAAAUAUGGAGACUUGGCGAGGUUAUUCAACUAUAUGCAGAUUGUGCUUACAGAAGGAUGGCUUCAUGUUGGGAAUUUUUAAUCAGAUUCAAGGCAAGGAUAGGAGCAUUUAUAAGAAAAUUAUCGAUUGUACAGCUUUACAAAUUUCUCAUGGAGAUGGAUUGCCAAAUGUUAUUUGCCACAGAUGUUUGUACAAAAUUGAAUUCUGUCUCGAGUUUCGUCAGUUGUGUUUUAUGUCUGAUGCUACCCUACGUCAACUUGGAGCAGCCAAAGAGAAUGGAUCUUCUGAAUUAUUGGUACAAAAUGGGGAUGAAAACGUAGUAAUGGUGGUCGACCCUAUGGCAUACGACUAUGAAUCAGAUUGUGAGUCCGACAAGGAACCCGCGGUUCUGAGCGAUAACGAGAAUGGGGAAUCCUUGAACAACGACGCAGAACCGGAACAAGAACCCGAGCCCGAAAGUCGAGGAGUGACAAUGUGCAAGUAUUGCGACCACGCUUUCACUGACAGCGCAGAAUGUUACAGCCACGAAAUGAAUGCUCAUAACAGCGAGACGCCAUACAGUUGCGGAACGUGCUAUAUGAGUUUCGCUGAUAGGGUAGUGUAUUCUGCACAUCUGAAGAGCGUCCACAAGAAUGAUAAGCCGUACAAUUGCCCGCAGUGUGACAGAACGUUCGCUAGGCGAUCCGAUUUACGUAAACAUACCAUAGUGCACACAGGUGUAAAACCGUUUACCUGCACUUUGUGCUUCAAAUCAUUUUCAAGAAAUACCAAUCUAUCAAAACACAUGAGAAUUCAUUCUGGAACGAAACCGUUCGUUUGUCCAAAAUGUCCGAAAACGUUCACGUCCAAGGCUGAUCUGUCAAGACACGCGGUUAUUCACAGCGGACAGAAACCUUUUAGUUGUAGUUAUUGUCACUUGAAUUUUGGACGGCGGGAUAAAUUGCAAAGGCACGAAAAGAGGCAUUUUCCACAAGAAAAUUCAGAAGAUAAAUCGCAAGAAUUGCAAAUAAUGAGAGAAAAUUUGUCUAUAUUUUCUGCAGCAAGUGAUAGACUGAAAGACGAAGAAAAACAAGAAGAAAAUAUGGUUAUCAACUUAGAUCCUUUUAAUCACAAUAAUUAUCAAUCCGAAAGUACACCGCAGAGGGGAGAUACCUCGGAAAAUGAACCUCACUUAGAAAAUAUCACCGGCGACGUCAAAAAUGAAUCGCGUUCAGAAAGUCUCAUGGAUGAGAUUAUAGAAUAUGAUAGUUCAGUACCUGAAACAAAUUCGAAGGAGGGCAGUACAAAUAGAGAAAAACCUUUUAGGUGUUCUCAGUGUACAAAACGGUUUUCAAAGGCCGAAAAUCUACUGUCACAUCAGAGUAUUCAUUCGGGAACGAGACCUUUCGGCUGUCACAUCUGUAGUAAAUCAUUUAUCCGUAAGAGGGAGCUUGACAGGCACAUCGCCACCCAUUCGGGGAUGAAACCUUUCAAGUGUCCACGAUGUAACAAAAGCUUCGGCCGUAAAGAUAAGAUGAUGAGGCACAUGCGUAUUCACGACGUAAACAAAACCUUCACUUGUACGAUUUGUAAUAGCACAUUUAAUAGGAGAGACAGCCUGCAACAACACAGGAAGACCCAUUCGACUACUGAGUGCAAGACUGAGAACGAUAAUGGAUUGGAAUAAUAGCAGGAACUCGGAAAGUCUAAAUUUGAUAGAUUUUCGAAUAGGUUUUAUUAAUCGUUGUCGGUAUUGAAGAUGAUAAGUUUGAAUCCGUCAAUUAUACGCAGUAGAAAAUGUCAGAAAUGUGUAAUAGAAUGGCUAUAAAAUUUGUAUAGAUUUUUCCGCCUCAUCUAUUGUAUAACUUGGAAAUUGUUCGCGAUUACCAUCGUAUACGUUUUUUUAUUUAGUUAUAUUCUGCUUCCGAAAAAUGAUGCCGCUGAGUAAAUAUUUAAACAGGUUCAAAAGAAAUCAAUGAUUAUAAUAAUUUACCGCAAAAAUUUUAGUAUCGUAAUUUACCUCUGAGACAAAUGAUCUGAAAUAUAAUAUAGUGUAAAACAACAAUUAUGUAUUUUAAACAUUUUAUUUGGAUAAUGAAAGGAAUUCUUUCAAUAAAUGGCAAACUCUGUUACGUGAUACUAUAAAAAGAUUGAUAUACUACUUCACAAUGACGUAUUGUGGUGUGGCUUUUACGAAUUUGAGGUAAGCUGAUCGAAAACAGCGCGCGAAAACAAAUUUUAAUCUGCUCAAGGCCAGUCAUAUUCCACACCACAAUACGUCAUGCGAGAACUCUAAUUUUUUGUAUCGUGACUCAGUUACACAUUCCCGACAUUUUUCAACGCUAAAUUAGUAAUUUUGAUUUAACUGGAAACUUUAUUUGAAUGUCAAAUUCAAUGUUUUUGUUAAAAGUUUUAUUAGAAGUUAACUGUCAGUGGAACCAAAAUUAGGCAUUCCAACGAUCUGUCAGAAUGCUGAUAAGUGGGAACAGAUGAAAAUAUCGUGGUGAGAACUUACAGUUUAGAUAGGGCAACCCUGUAGGCUUGUUGUUAAUGAAAUAUAGUUAUACUAAUUAGAAUCGGUUUAUGAAAAAUGUGUUUUAAAACCAAUUUCCAACCUUUCAAUAUAUAAAAAAAUACCUACAUUUUUACUUGAAGACUUAAGCUUAUGUUUAUUUUGUCUAUAUAACUAUCUAUAUCAUUGACCAUAUGUCAAAUCACCAGGUUCACAGGGUUACCUUUUUAUAAUCUGUCAAAACCCACUGGCAGCCAUUUUCUUUGGAAUGCCUAAUUACGUCACACUAAUAUUGUGUGAAAUAUACAUACAAUGUCACAGAUUAUUGUUUUCUGAAUUUAUGUAAAAAAGUCCCAAUCAAAUGUUUGUUUUUGAACGUUUUCUGUUCGAAAUUCUAUCAAACUUGGUUUAGGACAGGCUGUAAUUAGUUAAUUAUAUGUUAAAUGAGGUGCCCCGUUGCCUUUUACGACUUUUUAUAGUGUUACUUUUAAAUGCAUUAUGUUUUCUUUUCAAAUAAAUUUUUUAUAUAUAA